GCCGCGUCCCAGCGCGGGCGGAGGGCCACUUACAUGGGCGUACGGGCUAGAUGCGCCCUCGCAGGCCUUAGUUCGGUUCCUGUUCACUUUCCCUGCCCUUCUUAGGAUUGGGCUGCCCAUCCUUAAAAAAUUGCUCUUUUGAAUUUGUGAGCCAGGCAAUGGGCAAGAACAAAGCAAAAGGACAGAAACAGAAGAAUGUAUGCCAUGUCACCAACAAAAACAUCACGAAGGCAAAAAGUAAAGCAAAGCCGGUGACAACCAGUCUGAAAAAGAUCAAUAUAGUGAAUGAUGAAAAGGUUAAGAUGGUAAAUAAGAUAUUUACAGACGUUCAGAAAGAAGUCAAGCAGUUAUCCAAAGCCAUUUCAUCAGAUCCACCAAAGAGGCAUUUGAUUCCAAAGCUGCUAGAAAGAGAACCAACUAAUGUGGAUGCUGCUGCCAACUUACUGUCUCAGUUGUAGUAUUAAACAUGUGUACUCCAAUAUCCCAUUUCCUGGUACAUCAUCAAUCAACACUUUUGUAUACUUUUUAUUUUAAAAAUCUUGUUAAUGUACAAACAUUGGCACUCUUUUAAUAAAAUCUACAAAUACAAAAAAAAUUGCUCUUUUGAUCCAUUUGGUGCAUAAAUUCCCAGUAUCAGCUGUCAGGUUCAGAAUGCUGUGUUGUGCUACUUCGCUUAACCGACUCCAUCUUUAAUCCUUUCAGUGUUUAAGUGCUUUCUCCCCAGGUGCCAAGGUUCCCAGGCAGCUAUCUCACAGAAGAGGAUUGUUUUGGCUACCGACGUUCCACCAAGAACCGGCCUUGGGAACUUUCGCUAUCCUGACUUCAAAGGGAAUGUUUUGAGAACUAUGGGGGGAGGUUGGGCCUUCUGUGAUCUGUUACUUUGUACCUCAUGCUUUGCUAGUCAUUGGUAACAAUGCAUAUGUACCAACCUGAAUAUUGCAUUCAGGCCUGUGGACUAUAAUGAUCUUUUUCUUCAUUAAAUGCUUUUUGGAAACAGUGGACUAUUGUCUAAUUGCAGAAGGCAGACUGGAGUAAGGAUAUUAUCUAGCCACGAUUCGGACAUUUUGUUACCAAUCACCUUUCCAAUGCCUAAGCCGGAUCAGACGGACUCCAAAGCUGUCCCAGUCAGGGAUCCUUUGUUUGACCCGUAUGCCUCUCCCGGCUCUCAAGGUUUGGAAUCCCUUGAACCUGUACCGCGGGGAGACAGCUCCUCGGUUACAACGAUUUAUACCCUCGCUCCCAGCAACGCAGAUACGCGGCCCAGAGCCACAGCCGCGCCACUCUUCAACUUGCCCACCCCGACGCAGUGGGGUGCAAGGCCAAGGGAAACGAGAGAGCGGAGGGCCAGCACAAUGUUUACACAGCUACAAUUGGAUAGCCGGCGCAGUCUGGAAUCCAUACCCGAGCAAACCGGUGGCCGACCGUGGCUGUUUUGGAACAGGACGACCGAACAAACGGAAUGGGAAACAUACCGCCGUGGCGCCCUGAGUUGGGAUUAUGCGGAAGUCACCCCGUGGUCGGGGCAACAAGAUGUAAGCGAGCACCAAUGGGUGCAGCUCCAGAGCCGGACGAUUGCCAUUGACUCAGGGAUCUCGGCAAUCACUGGUCUGACGAAAGGAGUGUUAGCGGCGAGAUCUCAAGAGGAACAAGGGUUAGAAACACCCUUGCCGUGGCAGCAGACGUUAACCAUGGGACCGCCGCCCGAAACUAUACCGACUUCACAGACGAUGGGAGAUGUGGGGUCCACGGAAUUACGGGAGGAGGAAACUACGGAUAGAGUACAGCUGUUGGAGAACAGACUCUUAAACAUGGAAGAAAGUUCGGCGAAUGCCGUCCACCUGCUGUCGGUGCUAGUGGCGGGAGACAGAGGUCGAGUUCCGCCAACUGGUCUACCUGACAUCAGCCAAAGUUUGGCUUACCUGCAAAAUCAGCUGUGGCCGCAACAGCCACCAGAGACGGGAGACGAUGACUCGGUCACCGGGGAAGGACCCGGCCCAGAUGAUCCUUGCCCCGAUCAAUCGAUUGUACCAGGAGAUGUCGGCACCGGCGGGGGAGGUGGAGAGCCAUGCCCAGAAGACCCUCGUCCCGAUCGCCCUAUAAUUCCGACGGGCAAUGGGAAUGGAGGAGGUGGGGGAGAACCAGGAUGACCGCUAGAGCCAUCUUCCCCGGUCGUCCCACCACCCACAACUCAAGCGAAUCAGCCCCCAAGCCUUCCGAGAGGAACCACACCACCGGUCAUCCCAGGAGCGGACAGGCCUCUUCCGACGCCGGGGCCGCGAGGGGAUACGGUUCCUCUUCAACCCAUCUCUCCUCACCCACCUCCGUUGUGGCCAGCCCCCACUCCUCUUCAGCCAGCACCCAGGGGCCCACCGAGGGAGCGUCCGACACCUGCUCGGCCAACACCAGUACAUCCGGCUCCAAGAGGACCCCAGCCAAUCCCCCAGCCGAUUCCGGGGGCGCCGGGGAUUCCCCAGCCGAUUCCGGGAGCGCCUCUGCCGCACCAACCUCCCCCCAUAGUUCUCCUUUUCAUUCUCCCCCACCUCCUCCUGGUUCCUACAGCGAGGAGCGGACAAGAUCUUCCCAUGGGAUGGGUCAAACUGGACGCUACGUUUGAUGGAGACCCUUCCAAAUUGGGAUUUUUCCUUGUGCAAGUGGUGCAAUUUUUCAACCGAUUGGGACAUCUUUUCGGGAGUGAGGCCAGUCAAAUAGAGCACCUGGGAUCACGUCUCCAAGGUAAAGCUGCCGAUUGGUAUGUGGGAUUGUAUAACGUGGGGGCCCCCGAAUUAGAUACGCUCCAAGGGCUAGUGGAUGCGAUCCGAGCCCAGUAUGAAGACCCCCUAGAAGAAACCAGGGCCAGAACGGAAUUGCAAGCAAUUAGGCAAGGCAGCAUGUCGGCUAGAGACUAUGCUACAAAAUUCCGACAGCUCGCUGCCAAAUGCCCAAGGUGCGAGGAGUCGACCAAGAUUAUUUUGUACAAACAAGGGUUGAAUCCUAAACUGCUGGACCGAGCUCUCAUGCAAGAUAACCCUCCUACGCUGCUAGGGUGGAUACAAUUGACCUGCGAAGUUGAAAAUCGUUUACUAGAAGUUCGUUUAGUGGAACAACACCAACAACCUCUGGGCCAAAGACGGUCCUCCACUCCCCUCCAGGGAAGCCGGGGGGCUGGAUACGCUACUCGCGGAGCGUACUCAUGGGAUAGAGACGACCCCUCCGCAAAUUCAUCGAUCUCAAUCUUCAAAGGGGAUUCAUCUGCCCUGCUAGCAGCCCCCAUGCCGCGCCGGUGCUCUUCGUCAAAAAGAAGGACGGGGGCUUAAGACUGUGCACCGACUUUCGGGGACUCAACGCCGUCUCCUCCAGCAACGCCUACCCCAUCCCGCUCAUCAGAGAUCUACUCAACGUCGUGGCUCAAGGUAAGGUCUUUACGAAAUUGGAUUUAAAAGACGCUUACUUCCAUGUCCGUAUUCGUAAAGGGGAUGAAUGGAAAACCGCGUUUAACACACCCCUCGGCCAAUAUGAAUAUUUAGUUAUGCCUUUUGGCCUGGCCGGGGCCCCAUCGGUUUUCAUGUCCAUGAUCAAUGAAGUUCUGCACGAAUUUCUAUAUAAAGGCGUUGUGGUGUACCUAGAUGAUGUGUUAAUCUAUUCGGAGACCGAAGAGGAACAUGUGGACCUUGUAAAAAGGGUCUUAACCACUCUCAUGGAUAACAAACUGCCCAUUAAGCUCUCAAAAUGUGAGUUCCACAAAACAGAACUCACUUAUUUAGGCUAUUGUAUUUCUCAGGAGGGCCUAAAAAUGGAUCCAGGCAAAAUACAAGCCGUAUUAAAUUGGCAAACCCCCGCGACCCGCAAAGAACUGCAAUCCUUUUUGGGCUUUGCCAACUUCUAUAGAGAAUUCAUUGCAAAUUUCGCUCAGAUUACACUCCCCCUAACUGAACUAUUAAAAACCAAAGACAAGGGGGACCAAGCCAAAAAGCCGAGCGCAAAACUGUCAUGGACACCAGAAUGCCAAACAGCGUUCAAUCACCUUAAAACGCAGUUUGUCUCAGAACCCGUUCUCCAACACCCCGAUGAAAACCGCCCCUUCAUAGUGCAGGUCGACGCCAGCGACAUGGCGAUUGGGGGCGUGCUCCUACAGCGGGGGGCGGACGGACAGCCCAAACCCUGCGCCUUCCUUUCCAAAAAGUUUUCAGAGGCGGAAAGGAAUUGGAAUGUAUGGGGAAAAGAGGCUUUUGCUGUAAAAGCAGCUCUCACUAACUGGAGACAUUGGUUAGAAGGAGCCCGUCAUCCGUUCGAAGUCUGGACGGACCAUAAGAAUCUAGAGGCCCUUCGCAGCCCUCGCAGGUUAAACGCCAAACAACUGAGAUGGGCGGAAUUUUUCUCCAAAUUCAACUUCACAUUAAACUUUCUCCCGGGCAAAACUAAUUUCUUGGCAGACGCCCUAUCGCGCAUGCCCCAACACAAAAGCAAAAGGGAGGAGACAAUUGACACAGUCUUUUCACCUACGCAAUUAGGGGGCGUGGUGACCACUCGCAGCCGCACAAACCCCUCCCGUCAACCCGACCAGGGAUGGAGAGAAAAGCUGAAAGCGGAAGUCGAAAAGGAGGGGGGGAGGCGCCCAAAGACAAGCUGCAACAGUCCACCCAAGGGGAAUGGCUUUGGGGAGAUCGCUUCUAUGUACCCAAAAGUUUGCGAAAAGAAGUUUUACACCGUUGUCAUGAUGCCCCCACGGCGGGGCACUACGGGUACUUAAAAACGCUUCACUUAGUGCAACGCCAAUUUUGGUGGCCGGGCAUGCGCAAGGACAUUUCCCAAUAUGUUGCAUCUUGCCCCAUUUGUCUCAGCGCCAAAUCCCGAAAGGGAAAACCCCCAGGACUCUUGCAACCAUUAGAAACGCCCAAUCGACCGUGGGAAAUAAUCUCUAUGGACUUUAUCACUGACCUACCCCCCUCAAAGGGGCAUAACUGUAUUUUAGUCGUGGUUGAUCUGUUUUCCAAGCAAGCUCAUUUCAUACCGUGCACCACACUUCCUUCCGCUAGAAAACUGGCUGAUAUUUUUAUCAAAAAUAUUGUAAAAAUACAUUCUUUUCCAUCAAAGGUGAUCUCAGAUUGCGGCGGACAAUUCGUUGCCAACUUCUGGCGGGAGCUGUUACAACUGCUGGGCAUUGAACAAGGUCUCAGUUCAAGCCAUCACCCAGAAACAGACGGACAAUCAGAAAAAACUAAUCAGAUAUUAGAGCAAUUUCUCCGUUGUUACAUUAAUUUCCAACAAGAUAAUUGGUUUGACUUGCUACCCCUGGCGGAAUUCUCAUAUAAUAACAGCGUCCAUGCUUCCACGGGAGAAACUCCCUUCAAAGUCGUCUAUGGCUUCCACUUCAAACCAUUUCCGUUUGAAGCGCUCCCCCCUCCUACUACAGCUUCCAAAGACGUCACCGAAUGGUGGGGGGAAGCAGCUCAACAAUGGAAUCAAAUCAAAAAGCACCUCGACAAGGCCAAACAGGAUUAUAAAAAGUACGCCGACCGCCACCGUGCGGCGGAAUGGGAUUUACAACCAGGCGACCUUGUUUAUCUUUCCACGAAGAAUCUGAAAGUAACCCAAACCAGCCGCAAGCUCGCAUUAAAGUACCUGGGACCUUUUCCUGUUCGCAAGGUAAUCAACAAAGUGACUGUUGCAUUAAAUUUACCAAAGAAUCUACGCCACGUACAUGAUACCUUCCAUGUCAGUUUAUUGAAGAAAGCCCCUCCUGCAGACCAGUGGCACACCCGUGCUCCUCCCAUCCCUACAUUAAUCGAUGAUCAAACCCACUACGAAGUUCAACAAAUAUUAGACUCUAAAGUAAAACGUAAUCAGUUGUUUUAUCUCAUCAGGUGGAAGGACUUUGACUCUGGGUUCGAUGAGUGGGUGAAUUCUGUACAUGUACACGCUCCUAGACUAGUUAAAUCCUUUCAUUCUCGUUAUCCACAUAAACCUGGGGGGGAAGCAUCUUAGAGGGGGCAGAAUGUCAGGUUCAGAAUGCUGUGUUGUGCUACUUCGCUUAACCGACUCCAUCUUUAAUCCUUUCAGUGUUUAAGUGCUUUCUCCCCAGGUGCCAAGGUUCCCAGGCAGCUAUCUCACAGAAGAGGAUUGUUUUGGCUACCGACGUUCCACCAAGAACCGGCCUUGGGAACUUUCGCUAUCCUGACUUCAAAGGGAAUGUUUUGAGAACUAUGGGGGGAGGUUGGGCCUUCUGUGAUCUGUUACUUUGUACCUCAUGCUUUGCUAGUCAUUGGUAACAAUGCAUAUGUACCAACCUGAAUAUUGCAUUCAGGCCUGUGGACUAUAAUGAUCUUUUUCUUCAUUAAAUGCUUUUUGGAAACAGUGGACUAUUGUCUAAUUGCAGAAGGCAGACUGGAGUAAGGAUAUUAUCUAGCCACGAUUCUGACAUCAGCGCCCUCUUAGCAUUACACUGAAAUUCUACCUUCUUGAUCACGGCUAUUAACUUAGGUUGCAAUUCUUCUUUAACGUAAAUCACAAUUCUCUUUUUUUGCUUUGUUGCCGAAAUAAACUGUUUUCCCAAUUUCUUAUUUAAUAAAUAUUUUGCAUCCUGAUCUCUUAUAUGGGUUUCUUGUAAACAAAUCAAAUUACAUUUUUGUUUGGCCAACCAAUGAUGUAUUGCUUUUCGUUUAGAGGGAGAAUUAAGUCCAUUAACAUUCCACAAUAAUAAUUUGUACUCCAUAUUUAAGAUUUACUUGUACUGGGAAGGUCCUUUUCAUUGUCCUUCAAAAACACAUUCAUUGCAUAUUUUGUCUUGAUCACGUGUCUCGCAGAUUGAAAUUCAAAACUCAAACCUUCAGGUAGCUCCCAUCUAUACCUAAUAUCUGCUGUCUUCAAUUUCUGCGUCAAAUCUCUCUAUUUUUUCCGCUCCUGUAACACUUUCCUCGGUACUUCUUUCAUUAUCCGGAUCCGUGUCCCAUCAAUCUCCAGUGGGGACUCAAAAUGCUUUCUAAUAAUUUCUUCUUUCAUUCUCUUUGUAGUUAACUGGACAAUUAUAUCCCUCAGCAAAUCCUUUUGCUGCGCAUACUUUGAAUUAACUCUAUACAUUAUAUCCAAAUGCGCCAACACCUCUUCUUCCUUUUGGUCCAGAAAUUCUGCUAUUAUUUCUGUAAUUUGCUUCAGGGCCGAUCCACCCAUUUUCUCCUGAAUGCCCCUAAAACUCAGUUGUUUUUCCGUUGCUUUACAUUCCAUCAUCACCAUUUUAUCACAAACGCCCGUCAUAUCUGUUUUUAGUCCCUCUGUCUUCUUUUCUACAUCUUGCACCUUUUGUUGUGUAACUUGUUGCUCCAUUCUUAACUCAUCCAUUUCUUUCCUCAUCUCCGCCGCUUCUGCUUUAAUAGCUUCUCUAAUUUCCUUCAUUAAAUUCUGUUGUAAUUGCUUAACCAUUUCUUGAGUCUCUUUAUUGCCUUCUGUUACUUUUUUUAUCAAGAUUCUCAAUGGCAAUUUGCCAGUCCUUAUCCUUAUCUUUUUUCGAAGUCAUUGGGCUUACCUUUGCACUCCACGAGUCUGCUCUCUUUCUUAACUCCAUUUUCACUUUGUUACUCUUAGCUCACUUAUUUAGCUUAAGUCCAAUCGGUUCCAAAAGGUACAAACAAAAUAAAAAAGUUUUUUCCCUUUUCCAAAAUGCCGGGUGUCUUUUCUUUAUUGUAUAGUCAAUGAGUCUGCCCUCAUUCAAAAUGGCAACUUACGCUUCUUUCUAGCUUCAAAAUGUCGGGCGAUCUUUCUCUAUGGUAGUGACAUCAUAUCUUCUCCUCUCUAUGAUCUAAAUGGCGGGCUUUCCACUUCCUUUUCUCCACAUUGUUUUCCUUCCGCCUCUUCCUGACCUGCCUCUUGCCACUCUAUCUGUUCCUCACUGGUAUUGUAGACAGAUCUCUUCUCGCAAGCUUUCCACUGCUUCCCACGAUCCUCCUCUUCGUGUCGCUAUCUCCCCGACCACAAGUAUGCAAAACAAAUCUUCCUUUUCACUCUUUUUAGCUCUUUCCCAAUUUAAAAGUCACACUUUAACACUCCACUUUGUUGUAAACACUCUCCGCUUUAGGUCUUUGUCUUUUAAACUCUUUAAUUUCUGGCCUUUGCGUAACAAUUGAGUCCGUUAGGGGAGGUAGUAAUCUCUACUUCUCAAACUUCUCUUGGGUUGUACUCACUGUUUUCUUUGUUCAGCUCUACUUAAGUCCGUUGCUAGAACUUGAGGCACGACGGUCCUAUGCCAAUUAAAUGGCUCCAAAGGCUGCUGCAGAGAUAUUAGCCGCCCUUCAACGAGGAGAUCUCAAGGCUGGGGGGAGAGUCCUUAAUUCAGAACCCCCCACCCGCCGAGAUCAAUCCCUCUUAGGACCACAAGCGUUCCUGCCUGAUUUCCGACUGAAAUCAGGGGGCUGUGGGUAGUCGAGGCACCUCACCAGCCAAAAAACAGCACCUCGGAUGAUCCAGCUCCCUGGGUCACGUCAGACCGCCAUAAUCCCCAAGCGGAAGUCUCCCAUAAGCACUAGCUUUCUCAAGGGCAAAGAGAAUGCUCCACCAGCUCAUUUCAAACCGGAUAUGUUAUAUAAUAUUGCAUAUGUUUAUUGAAGCUCAUUGUAACUUUUUUGAAGCUGAUGGAACCUCACAUGGACUGAAGGAGAUUUCUGUUCAUUAUCAUCGUAAAUGUUUAUUGAAGCUCAUUGAAAUUCUUUGAAGCUAAUGGGAGCUCAUUUGGACUAAAAGAGAUUUUUAUUUAAUAUACACUGGACUGAGUGAGAUACUAUUUGGAAAAGUGUUUGUUUGAAAUCAAUAGAAAACGGUUGAUACUGUGUAUUUAUAUGUAGAUGUAUUGUAAUGUUUGUAUUUAACUAUUUAACUAUUCUGAACACUUAGUAUUUUGAAUACAUUGGAUUCACUUUCGUAUGACAGAGAGUUUUUGGUUUGUCAAACUGUGUGUACAGCCUGAGAGAAGAUCUGAGUGACUGUGUCUAUGAAAAGUAACUUUAAGAACAAAUAACACUCUUUUGAAACCAUCAAGCUUAAGAAAUAAUAUGAAACUGAUACGCUUAUUGUAAAAAUAAACGUUUAUUUUGUUUUUUUUCCAA